AUGCACGUCUUGCGUAUCUUGCUAUUUCCGGUUGCCAUAAUAGUCGUGAAGGCCAAGUCUCGAAUCAGUGCGCGAUUGAUCAGCAAUAUUCCAUUACUUUUACCGAGUUUCGAGGAGAUCGGUGAAUUUGGCAAACAAACGUUGCUUGGUUAUCCGCUGGAAGCUGUAUCUAUGGGAAUACACAUCUUUUGUUCUGCUGCGGUUGCAACUAAUGGCACUGAACCGUUCUAUGAGCCGAAUUUAAACUUGAUGAAUUACGUGUUGUUCACUGAUAGCGGAAAUUAUUCAUAUUCUCUAAGUCAGUCGGCCGAUCUGUGGAAAAGUGCACGAUUCAACUACGAGUAUCAAACAGUAAUUUUAGUGACCGGUUGGUUGACAACUGUUAAUGAGGGUAACGAAGCUAUAGACGCAUUUUUCAAGGCUUAUAAAACCAGAGGACGAGUUAACUUCAUAGCCAUUGAUACGGCUUCACACCUCAAUACAUUGUACACAUGGUCAUCGUUUAACACGAAUAAUCUGGGAGCAGCUAUCCGCGAUAGUCUUGCGGAUUUGGUACAGUAUGUGAAACCGCAGUCAAUUCAUCUGAUCGGACACAGUCUGGGAGCACACAUCAGCGGAGCAGCUGGACGACGUUUCCAGGAAUUGAAAGGGUUUAAUCUUCCCCGAAUAACCGGUCUUGAUCCAGCGAAUCCGUGCUUCAACGAAGGGGAGUUUCUGUCCGGGUUGGGACGUGGCGACGCCGAUUUUGUAGAUGUCAUUCAUUCCAACGUCCGAGUGUUGGGAAAACGCGAUCCAAUCGGAGACAUCGAUUUUUAUCCAAAUGGGUUAAACUCAAUUCAACCUGGUUGCUACACAGUGACCUGCUCACACAGCCGGGCUUGGGAAUAUUACGUCGAAAGCGUGUAUCCAGGAAACGAACAAAAUUUCAUAGGCGUAAAAUGCAAUGGACUGUCUGCCCUGAUAAGUGGCCUAUGCAACAGACAAAAAGCUACAAUGGGAUUUGCGGCUAGCAUAGGUGCAAAAGGAAACUUUUUUCUGCUCGUGAACUCAGAGUCACCUUAUGGAAGAAAACAAAUUUUCAAACUGAACAGUAGCUAA